CUCUCCCGACCCACAAAUUGUUGUUGGGGAGGCCGUUCUUAAUGACGAUCUUCCUAUUUUGUUACCCAACUCGCUGAGCGAGGGCGGAACAAAGUAAACGUGCUACCCCGGCAAAAGUGUUUGACAUCAGGGACAACAUUUCCGACAUGGGAUACUCUGGGGAGUCUGGGUAUAAAAAGAAAAGGUCGAAGAACCUGACAGUGCAGUUUCAUCCAGGAUCAUCAUGCUGGAGGACGGUUCAUGUUCCAACCAUGAGUCCCAAGAGGAUACAAUCGUGGCAAAGGCCAUCGGUCGCAUUGGUCGAUGGCAAUUGGAAAAGACCAUCUUAUUGGCGUUUUGCUUCACGCCGCUGGCUUGGCAUUUUAUGGCUUACCCUUUGAUAUCCAGGGGUAACGAUUACUGGUGUCUCUCGCCCUUCAGUGACGACGGCUCAGACUUUAGUGACGACCAAUGCUUCCUCCAGACACACAUCAAUGAUACUCUUGAAGAAGUUCCUUGUCAAUCUUGGGAGUUUGAUCACAGAUCUACUAUCACAAUCCAAGAGGACUUUCAACUCGUAUGUCAAUUCGAGCACUUCUUGGCUCUUCGACAAAUUCUUUUCUUUAGUGGCAUGCUUCUCGGAUGUCUUACCACUGGAUAUCUCUCAGAUUUACUUGGGAGGAAAACGACAAUGUUAGCUCUUAUGGGUGUUUGGAGCUUGACUUCUAUCCUUCAUAUUUUUGCGUACGACUUCAGAUUAUUCUUGGUGCUUCAAUUCAUUCUGGCAUUCACUUGCAACUCUGCUUGGACAACGUCGUGGAUUUGGACCAUGGAAGUUGUCAACGGAAAAUGGAGAACCAUUUUGGGUUGUGGAACAUUCUUAUUCUGGGGGAUUGGCUACAUCACCUUACCCGGGAUUGUCUGGCUAUUUCCUAAUUGGAGAAAUGCAUGGGCUGCGAUGUCUCUGCCGACGCUAUUAUUUGCCGUCUACUAUUUCAUAAUUCCGGAGAGCCCCAUGUGGCUUAUAUGCAAUGGACGGGAACAUGAAGCCAAAGCUAUUCUUCGGGAUGCAGCAAAACGAAACGGAAUAGAGCCACUCACCAACGCUCAAUGGAACAAAAUAAUGGAGGCCAGUGCUUUGGGAAGUCAAUCUGAUGUCAGUUCAUCAACAGGCUUUACCUCUCUGGUCAAGACUCCAAAUCUGCGAAAACGGUCGCUAAUUCUCUUUAUCAGUUGGUUUGUUUGUUCUUUAACCUAUUACGGGCUGUCGUUGAACUCCAAUGGCAUUGGCGAGGAUCCUUUCCUGACCUUUACCCUCUUUGGCGCCAUUGAGAUUCCAGCCAUUCUUGUGUCCGUGGUCAGUCUGCUGACUGCUGGGAGACGUCUCCCAUUGAUCUUUCUCCUCUUUGGAUCUGGAAUUUGCUGCACAUGUGCCGCUGUCGUCCCGGCUGGCAUAUUCCCUGGCAAUUGGCCCACAAUUCUUUUGGCUAUAGGGGGAAAGUUCUGUAUCACUUGUUGUUUCCACAUCCUCUUUGUGUACUCCUCAGAGAUUUACGCCACAACUGCACGAAACACGGGUGUUGGGUGUUGUUCCGUGUUCGCCCGGGCAGGAGGAAUGGUUGCUCCUUUCGUGGAACAACUCAGAACUGUCAACCCAUACUUACCGAUCGCAGUCUUUGGCAUCAGUGCUUGCUUCGCGGCCCUCUUGAGCUCAUUUAUGCCAGAAACCAAAGGCAGAAAACUCCCAGAGACCGUGGAAGAGAGCGAGGAAUUUGGAUCCGAUGACACGCUUUGGAGUAGCAUCUUUCCGUCCUCAAGACAGAACAGUUUCAUCAAUUGUGAACAAGAAAGUUCACCUGAUUCGACAAAACCUCCAACAACGCCAAAUCCAAAAAGUCCUGAGACAUGCUCAAGAAAAGACGCAUAUUUUCAUUUUGACUAACAUUUGUUCAACUUUGCUACGUCAUAUCCGAGUAUUUAAAAGCCACACCUAUAUAUUUUGAAUUCUUAUCAAUUGUCACUAGUGCCUUAUAAAAAUAAACGCAAAUUUUACGCA